UUGAUAAUGAAACAGAGUUAUUAGUAGCAGCAGACCCGGAGCAAGUUGAAGUUAAAAGAAUUGAUGAAAUCGAUGAUGUUGAUAUCGAAGAAAUCAACGAAGCUUCUCUAAUUAAUGCUACAAAUACAGAAGUAUCAGUUUUAAGUCCAUUGCCAUCAUCGGUUCAGAAACGAAGAACUGCAGCAAUUAGAAGCCAUAGAUGUAAUUCUAACAAACAA